AGCGCUUCUCCAACUGGAAAGUUCUCAUUAAGGCAGUGGCUCAUCUGCAUCACAUUGCUCACUGCUUCACCCAGCCAGCAGGUGUUGGUAACUGUGUCGGAUGGCACAUCUGUAGCAAAGGUGCAUCCAAGGAUGUCCUAGAGAGAGCUGAAAACAUCAUUUUCAGAGAUAUGCAACACGAUGCAUAUUCAGAGGAGUUAAAGUGCAUUACUGCAAAACGUGAUCUCCCAUCACACAGUUCACUUCUGAAGCUUAAACCGAGUAUUGACAGCAGUGGUCUACUCCGAGUUGGUGGGCGCAUCAAUCAGACAGGGUUUGAGGUGCGAGAAACAAACCCUCUCAUAAUCCCAGGAAGCCACCAUGUCACAACUCUUCUCAUAAGGCAUCACCAUGAAAGAGUGCAGCAUCAGGGAAGGCACUUUACGGAAGGAGCUAUAAGGGAAAGCGGGUUGUGGAUAGUUGGUGGUAAACGACGCAUUAGCAGCAUAAUUCGAAAGUGUGUUAUGUGCCGGAAGCUCAGAGAUGUAUUUGGCCCAUGGGAAGUGACCACAAGACGCACAAGAGGUGGACAGGCAAACAGCAAGAGAUGGGCAGUGCUGUUCACCUGCAUGUGUACAAGGGCAGUACACAUUGAGGUCAUUGAGGAAAUGAGCUCAUCAAGUUUCAUAAAUGCACUUAGAAGGUUCUUUGCAAUCCGUGGUCCUGCCAAACAAUUACGGUCCGACCGUGGCACCAACUUUAUUGGCGCAUGUAGGGAGCUGAAGCUGGAUACCUCGGAACAGAUCAAAGUACAGGGGUACUUAGAAGACCAGAGGUGUACCUGGAUCUUCAAUCCACCACAUUCUUCACAUAUGGGUGGCACAUGGGAGCGCAUGAUCGGAGUGACGCGGCGUAUACUCGAUUCAAUGCUUCUCCAGUCUGGGAAGGCACGACUCACUCACGAAGUCUUAACCACCCUUAUGGCUGAAAUUACAGCCAUCAUUAAUGCACGACCACUCAUUCCAGUUUCAUCAGACCCAGAACAUGCUCACAUUCUGACACCAUCCAUGCUCUUAACUCAAAAGGCAGCCACAUUGUUGGCCCCUCAGGGUGAUAUCAGCGAGGGAGAGAUGCUCAAAUAUCAGUGGAAACGCGUCCAAAGUUUGGCUGAUGAAUUCUGGAGUAGGUGGCGGAAGGAGUUCCUUAGUACACUGCAAACCCGUCAGAAAUGGCAGCACAAGAGGCCGGACAUAAGAGAUGGUGAUGUUGUUCUUCUCAAAGAUAAGCAAUCCAGAAGGAACAAGUGGCCAGGGAGUUGUGGUGAAAGCUGUUCCCAGCAGAGAUGGACUCAUAAGGAAAGCUGAAGUGAAAGUCGUCCAUGAAGGAGCGACGAAGGUCUUUUUAAGGCCCAUAUCAGAACUGGUUUACCUCUUAUCAUCAGAUCAAGCUGUUUAGUUGAAUGUAGUAGUGGUAUCUUUAAGAUACCAGACGGGCAGUGUUCUGGCCAUGCCUGUUAUUCAAUGUUCUUUAGUGACUCCUGCUGGUUAUUUACCAUAGUGCAGUGUUACUGGGUUCUCUAGUGACUCCUGUUGGUCAUUUAUUGUAGUAUAGUGUUUGAGCACUGAUUUGUAUUUCCUGUGUAACAGGAAGUUAGUUCAAGCAAACUACAAAUGGCCUGUGUGCUCUAGUGAAGCUGAUGUGUGUUCAUCUGUUGCCAUCCUUCAUUCAUAGCCCUUGAGAAGGCAUCACCUGUAAGUACAUGCAUUGUGAAACGAUGUAUCUUUGAUAUAAGCACAUUUUCUUGACCACUUUUUGUUAUGAUGUCGGUGAAUUUAGUGAAUCACUUGGGGUAGCCUUUUUUGGUUUAUGUAUACUAACAGAUCAGUUCAUUAAUGCUCCAUUAAUUCUGUAACACUGAUUUUGCUUAAUACUUACCUGCUGGUCAUGCUUAUGUUAUGUGAUAUGGUGUAAGUGAAGUUACAAACCAAUACUGAACCAAUAUUGUUGUUUAUGUAUUUUUCAGUUUCACACUUUUCAUACAAGUAAAGCAUCUCAACAUCACUUCAUGGUCCUGAGAGUUACUGUAUGGAUGUGUUUAACUUGCUGGAUAACUGAAGGGGGAAAACUGUACCAAACAUCCCUUUCUCCUACAUUUUCCUUGUCCAGUCUCCAAACCUUUCUAAUCCCUCUUUCAUUUCAUCUUUUUGAACUUUCUUCUGCCAUCUUUCUAUUGUUCCUGCUAACACCGACCCUAGUGAGCCGGAUUUACAAUCCCUCCAUUUAUCCAAGCUUUUAUGUUUAAGAAGCUUCUAC